CGGCUACGCUGACGCACGCGUGCGCUCUUGGUCGCUUUUGCCAACUCCGGUUUGACCUACAGCCGCCAGGAGAAGAUGGCCGCGCCGGUAGUGUCUGGGCUCUCCCUGCAGGUGCGAUGCUUCAGUACAUCUGUGGUCAGGCCGUUUGCCAAGCUUGUGAGGCCACCUGUUCAGGUAUACGGUAUCGAAGGUCGCUAUGCCACUGCUCUUUAUUCUGCUGCAUCUAAACAGAAUAAACUGGAACAAGUAGAAAAGGAAUUGUUGAGAGUAGCACAAAUCUUGAAGGAACCCAAAAUGGCUGCUUCUGUCAUGAAUCCCUAUGUAAAGCGUUCCAUUAAAAUGAAAAGCCUAAAUGACAUGACAGCAAAGGAGAAGUUUUCUCCCCUCACGUCCAACCUGAUCAGUUUGCUUGCUGAAAAUGGUCGCUUGAACAAUACCGCUGGGGUCAUUUCUGCCUUUUCCACCAUGAUGAGCGUCCACCGGGGAGAAGUGUCUUGCACAGUUACCACCGCAUCUCCUUUAGAUGAAGCCACUCUUACCGAAUUAAAAACAGUCCUGAAGAGCUUCCUAAGUAAAGGCCAAGUAUUGAAAUUGGAAGUUAAGAUUGAUCCAUCAAUCAUGGGUGGAAUGAUUGUCCGUAUUGGAGAGAAAUAUGUUGAUAUGUCUGCAAAAACCAAGAUUCAGAAGCUGAGCAAAGUGAUGCGGGAGAUUCUCUAAAAGUGUUGAUUUCCUAAAAGUGAAAGUUCUUAAACUUGGAGCAACAAUAAAAUGCUUCCUGAACAGAA